UAUUGGCCAGAUUUGGAAAUAAUUGCUGAAAUUGUAUCGCCUCUUAUUAUUGGAAUAAUUUGUUCAGUAAAAUUGUGUAAUUGUAUUAUAAAUAGGAAAAAGAUGAAAGAUCUUUUAGAAAAAAUGGAGACUUAUUGGACGACUUAUUUGAACGAUACUUCAGAUAUUGAUGUUUUAAAGAAUUAUUCGAGUUAUAGUCAAAAAAUGACAUUACUUUAUACAAAAAUCUGUUAUUCAGCCAUAUCAUUGUUUAUGCUCGUCCCAACACUUCAGUCAAUUGCAGAAAUUGUUUUGCCAGGAAAAAAUCAAACCUAUCCUAUGCCAUAUCCAAUUCACAAUAUAAUGAAUCUUGAGAAAUAUCAUAAAAUCGAAUUAGUUCAUUCUUAUUUUAGUACAUUUUUUUUUGUCACAGUUGUGGUAGCAAUAGACACAAUGUUUAUAACAUAUAUGAGUCACUGCUGUGGAAUGUUUGCAGUGUUAAGGAGUCAAUUGAGUAGAAUAAUACCGAAAAAUAUUGAAGAUCUUCAAGAGUGGUUGAAGGAUUUAGAUAAUGAAGUAUUUAAUAAGAUUGUAAAAUGUAUUAAACAUCAUUCGGAAAUUUUAGAAUUUGCAGACCUUCUUGAAUCUGCUUAUUCAACGAGUUUUCUUUUUCAAAUUGGAAUUAAUAUUCUUGUAAUGAGUAUCACGGGUGUACAGAUUGUCAUAAAUUUAGAAAAUCCAGAACAAGUACUUAGAUGGCUCUCAAGUGUAAAUGCUCAAGUAUUACAUUUAUAUAUGAAUAGUUUGCCAUGCCAAAAAUUAAUUGACCACAGUCUUAGCAUUCAGAAUGCUGUAUAUUGCAUUCCAUGGUAUUCGUUUCCAUUAAAAACAAGGCCACUGAUACAAAUAAUUUUGAUGAGAGUAGUAAAUCCUUGUCAAAUAACGGCUGGAAAAUUGUACGUUAUGUCAAUGGAAAGUUUCAGUCUGAUACUCAAAACAUCAAUGUCCUACUUUACACUCUUAUUAUCCUAUUAUUACAACGUUGUAAGUAUUAUUAAACAAGAACUUUCAGAAAUCUCCUACUAUCGACUGAAUAUAAUUCUUUUAUCUAGCAUUGGACAAUGGCCAUUUCAAUCAAUCAAAAGAUCUUGUAUUAUAGUUUUCAUUAUAAUGACAUUUUUAUUAUCUCAAAUGUAUUUACAGAUUACUUCUGUAAUAAAUUAUUGGCCAGAUAUGGAUAUGGUUUUUGAAAUUGUGUCACAUCUUGUAACGGACUCAGUUUGUAUAGCAAAAAUGAGUAAUUGUAUAGUAAACAAGAAAAAGAUGAAAGAACUUUUAUUAAGAAUGCAAAAUCAUUGGACGUCUUUGUACGGCUUAUCGGAUAUUCAAAUUUUAAGAGAUUAUGCAUCAGAUAGUCAUAAUAUGACCAUAAUUUAUUUAAAAAUCGUGUAUGGUGCUCUGAUUAUUUUCGUUCUUAUUCCAACGCUUCAGUUAAUUGGAGAAAAAGUAAUACCUGGACAAAAUGAAACCUAUCCUUUGCUAUUUCCAGUCGAGAAUAUUAUAAAUGUGAAAAAGUAUCAUAUAUAUUUGUUAGUUCAUUCUUAUAUUAGUUCAUUUUUUUUUAUAACGAUAUUGCUAUCGGUAGACACAAUGUUUAUAACGUACGUGUUACAUUGCUGUGGAAUGUUUGAAAUUAUAGGGCAUCGACUGAAAAAUGUAACAGCAAAAGGUAUUCAAAAUCCUGCGGAGUGGUGUGAUAAUUCAGAUGAUGACGUUCAUAGGGAAAUAAUAAAAUGUGUUAAAAGUCAUAUUGACAUUUUGCAUUACUUUAGUACAUGGUAUUCAUUUCCAUUAAAAGCAAGACCUCUGAUAAAAAUAAUUCUUAUGAGAGUACUUAUUCCUUGUCAAAUAACGGCUGGAAAAUUAUAUGUUAUUUCUAUGGAAAGUUUCGGUGUGGUACGUUUAAAUAUUUUUAUAUAA